UUGAGGGUUAUUUAAAGGGGGGGCCGAGCGAAGGGGUUGGAAGCCGAGUGAUUCCCCACCCCUGCUCCAUCUAGCUCUUUCCAGUGCAGGCACUGCCGCCGCCCAGGAGCCCUCGUCCCCUUCCUCGUCCCUCUCCUCUUUCCCGCUCCAACGCCAUGGAGCAGGACAACGCCGCAGUGGCAGCCACCGUGGCAGCCGCUGAUGCGAACGCCACAAUCGUAGUCGUAGAGGACGAGCAGCCGGGGCCGUCCACCUAUAAGGAGGAGGGAGCGGCCGCCGCAGCCACUGAAGCCACCGUGGCCACGGAGAAGGGCGAGAAGAAGAAGGAGAAAACUGUUGCUCCAUUUCAACCCAAACUUGCUGCCAAAGCUUCUAAAUCUGAAAAGGAAAUGGACCCAGAAUAUGAAGAGAAAAUGAAAGCAGACCGAGCAAAGAGAUUUGAAUUUUUACUGAAGCAGACAGAACUUUUUGCACAUUUCAUUCAACCUUCUGCACAGAAAUCUCCAACAUCUCCUCUGAACAUGAAAUUGGGACGUCCUCAAAUAAAGAAGGAUGACAAGCAGAGCUUAAUUUCUGCUGGAGACUACCGCCACAGACGCACGGAACAAGAAGAAGAUGAAGAACUACUCUCGGAGAGUCGUAAAACAUCUAAUAUGUGUGUUAGAUUUGAGGUAUCACCUUCAUAUGUGAAAGGAGGACCACUGAGAGAUUAUCAGAUUCGAGGACUGAACUGGUUGAUUUCUUUGUAUGAAAAUGGAGUCAAUGGUAUUUUGGCGGAUGAAAUGGGUCUUGGUAAGACUUUACAAACAAUUGCUUUGCUUGGUUACCUGAAACAUUACCGAAACAUUCCUGGACCUCACAUGGUUUUAGUUCCAAAGUCUACUUUACACAACUGGAUGAAUGAAUUUAAGCGAUGGGUCCCAUCUCUCCGUGUUAUUUGUUUCAUCGGAGACAAGGAUGCGAGAGCUGCUUUUAUUCGUGAUGAAAUGAUGCCAGGAGAGUGGGAUGUUUGUGUUACUUCUUAUGAGAUGAUAAUUAAAGAAAAAUCUGUAUUUAAAAAGUUUCAUUGGCGAUACCUAGUUAUUGAUGAGGCUCACAGAAUAAAGAAUGAAAAAUCUAAGCUUUCAGAGAUUGUUCGUGAAUUCAAGUCAACCAACCGCUUACUCCUUACUGGAACACCUUUGCAGAAUAACCUGCAUGAGCUGUGGGCAUUACUCAACUUUUUAUUGCCUGAUGUCUUUAAUUCUGCAGAUGACUUUGAUUCUUGGUUUGACACUAAAAAUUGUCUUGGUGAUCAAAAACUUGUGGAAAGACUUCACGCAGUUUUAAAACCGUUUUUGUUACGUCGCAUAAAAACUGAUGUAGAGAAGAGCCUGCCUCCUAAAAAGGAAAUAAAGAUUUACUUGGGACUGAGUAAAAUGCAGCGAGAAUGGUAUACAAAAAUCCUGAUGAAAGAUAUCGAUGUUUUAAAUUCUGCUGGCAAGAUGGACAAGAUGCGACUCUUAAACAUUCUGAUGCAGCUUCGAAAGUGUUGUAAUCAUCCUUACUUGUUUGAUGGUGCUGAACCUGGUCCACCUUAUACCACUGAUGAGCACAUUGUCAGCAACAGUGGUAAAAUGGUAGUUCUUGAUAAACUGUUGGCCAAACUCAAAGAACAGGGUUCAAGGGUUCUCAUUUUUAGCCAGAUGACUCGCUUGCUGGACAUUUUGGAGGAUUAUUGUAUGUGGCGUGGUUAUGAGUAUUGUCGACUGGAUGGACAAACCCCACAUGAAGAAAGGGAGGAUAAAUUCCUAGAAGUGGAAUUACUGGGUCAAAGGGAAGCAAUAGAGGCCUUUAAUGCUCCUAAUAGUAGCAAAUUCAUCUUUAUGCUGAGUACCAGGGCUGGAGGUCUCGGAAUUAACUUGGCAAGUGCUGAUGUGGUUAUACUAUAUGAUUCAGACUGGAAUCCACAGGUUGAUCUACAAGCUAUGGAUCGAGCACAUCGUAUUGGUCAGAAGAAGCCAGUACAUGUGUUCCGCCUCAUCACCGACAACACUGUUGAAGAAAGGAUUGUAGAAAGAGCUGAGAUAAAACUGAGACUUGACUCAAUUGUUAUACAACAAGGAAGACUUAUUGACCAACAGUCUAACAAGCUGGCAAAAGAGGAAAUGUUGCAAAUGAUACGGCAUGGUGCCACUCAUGUUUUUGCUUCUAAAGAAAGUAAGCUGACAGAUGAAGACAUUACAACUCUUCUGGAAAGAGGAGAAAAGAAGACUGCAGAGAUGAAUGAACGCUUGCAGAAAAUGGGAGAGCCUUCUCUGAGACAUUUUAGAAUGGACAAUGAACAAAGUUUGUACAAGUUUGAAGGAGAAGAUUACAGGGAAAAACAGAAGCUCGGGAUGGUGGAAUGGAUUGAACCUCCUAAACGAGAACGCAAAGCAAACUACGCAGUCGAUGCCUACUUUAGAGAGGCUUUACGUGUCAGCGAGCCAAAGGUGCCAAAGGCUCCACGACCUCCAAAACAGCCAAAUGUUCAGGAUUUUCAAUUUUUCCCACCACGUUUAUUUGAGCUCCUGGAAAAGGAAAUUCUUUACUAUAGGAAGACAAUAGGCUAUAAGGUCCCAAGGAAUCCUGAUAUGCCAAAUCCAGCUGUGGCUCAAAGAGAGGAACAAAAAAAGAUUGAUGGAGCUGAACCUCUUACACCAGAAGAGACUGAAGAAAAGGAAAAACUUCUCUCAGCUGUAUUUUGGGAACGUUGCAAUGAAUUACAGGACAUUGAGAAAAUUAUGGCUCAAAUUGAACGUGGAGAAGCGAGAAUUCAACGAAAGAUCAGUAUCAAGAAAGCCCUGGAUGCCAAAAUUGCAAGAUACAAGGCUCCAUUUCAUCAGUUACGUAUUCAGUAUGGAACCAACAAAGGAAAGAACUAUACUGAGGAAGAAGAUAGAUUCUUGAUUUGUAUGUUACACAAAAUGGGCUUUGAUAGAGAAAACGUGUAUGAAGAAUUAAGGCAGUGUGUACGGAAUGCGCCUCAGUUUAGAUUUGACUGGUUUAUCAAGUCUAGAACAGCCAUGGAAUUCCAGAGACGCUGUAAUACUCUGAUUUCAUUGAUUGAGAAAGAAAAUAUGGAAAUUGAGGAAAGAGAGAGAGCAGAAAAGAAGAAACGGGCAACUAAAAUUCCAAUGUCACAGAAAAGAAAAGCAGAGUCAGCUACUGAGAGCUCUGGAAAGAAGGAUGUCAAGAAGGUGAAAUCCUAAAGCCUAGAAAUAAAGUUUUAAAUGGGAAACUGCUAUUUUCUUGUUCCCAUCUUCAAAUGCUAAUUGCCAGUUCCAGUGUAUUCAUGGUACUCUAAGAAAAAUCUUUUUGGUUUUGAUUUCUUGCAUAUUUUAUAUAUUUUACAAUGCUUUCUACCUGAAAUGUGUAGCUUUAUAUUUUAUGCAUUCUAGUAUUUUUGUGUACUGUAUUUUGUGCAUUUCAUGUCUUCAUCAAAUCCUCUCAGUCCUUGUUCUUUUGAAGCUUGUGCUGAGGUUUUAGCUUUUCUAUGUUUUAUAUGCCGCUGCUUUGAAAGAGAACCUAGAUUCUAUAGCUGUAUUAUUGUUGUUUCAUACCUUAAAUUUAUAUGGCUGUGGAAAAAUGAAUUAAAAUGAUUUGAGGAGAAAGACUUUUUCACUUCUUUGUUGCUUUAUUUUCUAUUGAGUAUGGGCUUGUGUUACUGCAUACUGUGAUUAGCAUAAUAAUUGUUUCUUUGAGAUCAUCUAAAUAUUUUUUUCCUAAAGGAAUAAAGGGUGAGAACAGAAAAAUAUUAAAAAAACCUAAUAUUUGAUACUGUGCUUGCUGUCAGUAUGAAUUACAUUUAAAUUAUUCUCUAAAUAUUCAAGUGGGAAAAUAUAAUAAAGAAAUGUCUA